AUGUCAUUCUUUGCCGCCCCCCCGAAACCACAAACGCCGCUAGGAUACCACCGUAUCCUAUCCCCCACAGCAUCGAUCAAAGUCUCUCCGCUGUGUCUGGGCGGCAUCAGCAUAGGCAGCUCCUGGAGCGAGGUGUUCGGGAGAAACGAAGAUCCGUUUGACCUCCUGGAUGCCUUCUUUUCUCUGGGAGGCAAUUUCAUCGACACAUCCAACACCUACAACGCGGAGGAGUCGGAGAGACUGAUCGGCGAAUGGAUGGAGUUGCGAAAGAACAGAGACCAAAUGGUGAUCGCCACAAAGUACUCGGCCGGGUAUCGGGCAUACAUGCGGGACGAGGAGCCGCUGCAGAGCAAUUUCACCGGAAAUUCGGCCAAGAGCAUGUACAUCUCGACCAGGGACAGCUUGCGGAAGCUGCGGACGGACUAUGUCGACAUCCUCUACGUGCACUGGUGGGAUUUCGCAACCUCGGUGGAAGAGGUCAUGACCCAUCUCCACGCUCUUGUCAUGGCAAGGCAAGUCCUCUACCUAGGCGUGUCAGAUACCCCGGCGUGGAUUGUGGUCAAAGCCAAUGCGUACGCCCGCAGCCAUGGCCUUACUCCCUUCUCGGUGUACCAAGGACGAUGGAAUGCCGCAUUCAGAGACAUGGAGGCAGAGAUUAUUCCCAUGUGUGAGGACCAAGGCAUGGCAGUCGUCCCCUGGGCGGCGUUAGGCGGCGGUCAAUUAAUAUCGGCUGAACAAAGAAAGCAACAGGAGCAAGAUCCCGAUGCCCGACAAGGGUACGGCUUGCGAGAGGCGGACGUCAAGGUCUGCGAGGCAUUGGAGAAGAUUGCGGAGGGCAAGGCGACCACGUUGCAGGCUGUGGCUCUUGCGUAUCUGUUCCAGCAGUCGACCUACGUCUUCCCGAUCGUUGGCGUCCAAACCGUCGAGCAUGUCCAAGCCAUGCCGGAAGCGCUGCACGUCAGGCUCUCCGAGGACGACAUCAAGACGAUCCAGAACGCAUACCCCUUCGACCCCCUCUUUCCGAUGAACUUUCUCUUCAAUUUUAGAGGUGACCAGCCGUACAGUCUCGCUCUCACCGCCGCACACAACCAGCAGUAUCAAAUGGCUGCCUGGAUCAACGCUCCGCCAAAACAGCCACCGUACCAACCCUAA